AGCAGGGUUUCAGGUGCUGCUGAUCCAAAAAACUGGUUGACGAGUCCAGUGAGAGGGCCUAACAAUAAGCUCACCGGACAUUGCUACGAAAGCCUGAAUGAGCCUGAAUCAUCAUCACCACCGAUCAUCGAGCCUCAUGAGUUAAAAAAAAUUCUGUGUUGUCGACGGCAAUACUGAUAAGCUCUAUGUUUGUCGCUACUACAAAAUGGAAGCAGUUGUUUUGCGAGGUUAUACGAUGAUGAUGACAGAUCGUAUUCAAAUCCAAACUAGAAUGUAUGAUAUUUUGUACAACGUAUACGCAGGCAUGUUCUAGAACCAGGUGUUGUACAGAUUAAUUGAGCAGUUGAAUCGUGGCGAGAAAAGUUCGUAUAUCCUUGAACAAUCGAUAUGAGUAAAAUGUACUCAACGGCUAACCUUUCGGACAAGGAACUGAAAGAGCAGGGCAAUCGGCUGUUCAACUUGCACAAGUAUGAAGACGCAGCUAACUGUUAUACAAAAGCAAUAAUAAAAAAUCCCACACAAGCGACAUACUUUACAAACCGUGCUCUCUGUCAUCUAAAAUUGAAAAGAUGGGAAGCCGCUUGCCAGGAUUGUCGGAGAGCUUUGGAUAUGGAUUCCUGUUUGGUGAAAGGUCACUUCUUCCUCGGACAAGCAUUACUUGAACUCGAAUUAUUCGAUGAAGCUGUGAAGCACCUACAGAGAGCUGUGGAUUUAGCUAAGGAACAGAAACUUAAUUACGGCGAUGAUGUGACAGCUGUGCUUCGACAGGCACGCAAACGACGUUUUCAACUGAGAGAAGAGCAAAGAGUUGCACAGGACAUCGAACUGCAAUCUUACCUUAAUCAAUUAAUGAUUGAGGAUGCAGAUCGUAAAUUAGCUGGUAUCAAAGCUGAUAAUGGUGAAGUAGCAGAAAAUGAGAGCGACAGUGAUAGACCAGAGCAAACUAGAGAACAAAUUGAAGAGUAUCGAGACAACUGUAUCGCACGUCUCAACGAUUUAUUUGCAAAAGUUGAUGAACGUCGAAGGGUAAGAGAGGUCCCAGACUACUUGUGCGGUAAAAUAAGUUUUGAGAUCCUCCAAGAGCCGGUGAUAACUCCAAGCGGCAUAACUUAUGAACGUAAAGAUAUAGAAGAGCACUUGCAAAGGGUGGGGCACUUCGACCCUGUCACUCGAGUUCGUCUUACUCAAGAUCAGCUUAUACCCAAUCUAGCAAUGAAAGAAGUCGUCGACUCUUUCAUCCAAGAAAAUGAAUGGGCGCUGGAUCAUUGAUUACUAUGAGAUUUAUGCCUAAUGGCAUCGAUUAAAUCUUUGUUAUACAUCUACUACUGUUAUCAAAGUGCAGUGUACCUAAUCGUAGCAAAGCACAUGAAACUGUGUAAUCCAGCUUAUUUCAAGACAAGUCGUAAUGGUGAGAACAAAAUCCGUUAUCAACUCGGUAAUGUCGUUCCCUAUAUCAAUUUUGAUGUUGUAACUUCACAAGAACUAAAUUUUUUGUUACAACUAGGAUUUGAUUCUUCUAGGAUUACUGGAUCAGUAAAAUGUCAUGGAAACUACUAGCCAUGCCUGUAUCAUAAAAUUGUAUUGAAGAUUAUUUCAUUGUAAAGUACUAUUUUUGGCA